AGCGGCGGGCGCCAGGGCCGGGUGGGGCAGCGACUCCCCCUCCAGCCCGCCGGCCCCGGGCGUCGCCCCCGCCCCCCACGUGGCCGCAGCCGUCCCAGCCCCUGCGAGGAAGCGGCGCGGCUUCCUGGGGCUUGGGCCGGGGAUAUAGGCGCCCCCGCCCGGGCCCGGCUCAGCGCCACCGCCCCUCCUCGCCUGCUCGCCGCGCGAUGGCCUCGGUCCGGGCUGAGCGCGCCGCCGGCGGCCCGCGGCUCCCUGCGACCCGCGCCCGGCGACCGGCUGCGCUCCGCCUCCUCCUCCUGCUGGGCGCUGUCCUGAAGCCCCAGGAGUCCCUGGCUCAGGUUCCUCCCACUGAAAGUAGUUUGAAGACAAAAGACAGGAACAGUGGAAAUACCUGGACCCGAGGGCUUGGAGGGAGGGGCAGGGGUGUGGUCAGUGUGAAGCAAUCUGUGCCCACAGAGGACAAGAUGGAGAACUAUGAGAGGACUAUCCAGUUUUGCUGGCAAUCUUAUAAGGAGCAGAUGGACUCUAUCCCCAAGGAUUGGUGCGACUGGGCCAUGAUUAGCAGGCCUUAUAGCGACCUACAGUAUUGCUUGGAGCAUUUUGCAGAAGUAUUUCACCUGGGCUUCCCCAAUCCCCGAGCAGAAGAGAUCAUCUUUGAGACUCACCAGAUCCACUUUGCCAACUGCUCCCUGGUGCAGCCCACCCUAUCAGACCCCCCAGAGGAUGUGCUCCUGGCCAUGAUCAUAGCCCCAAUCUGCCUCAUCCCUUUCCUCGUCACCCUUGUGGUGUGGAGGAGUAAAGACAGUGAAGCCCAGGCCUAGGGUGGUGUGAGCUUUUCUUCGCAGCCAUCUUAUCCUACUUCUUUUCCCUGCCACCACCAGGUCUCUGUUCCCCUCCCUGCCCUGCCUCCUUCUCUCACUCCCAUGCCCACCACAGAUCCUUGGACUGGUGGAAAUGGAAACCCAGUGGUGUCAUGGCAUAAGUUCUGUAAUCUUCAAAAUAAAACUUUUUUUUGUACUGUC